CAAUUCUGGGAACGAUUCGAUCAGCUUUCUACUAACAUGACUAUUGUUCUGGAAGUAGCUGACACAUUGAAGAACUCUUCUAGCUUAAAGGAGCUUUUGUGUCUUAUCUUACUUUUGGGUAAUUUUAUGAAUGCAUCUAGUAUACAAGGUGGUGCAUUUGGUAUGCGUAUCAGUAGUAUCAACAAGCUUGCAGACACAAAGGCGUCGAAUAUUUCUUCGAUGUCGCUUCUGAACGUGCUUGCCGGUGUUACCCGACGUGAAUUCCCUCACAUCCUAACCUUUUUGGAUGAUUUGAAGAAUGCAUCUCAAGCUGCGCGUAUUAUGGCAAGUUUCAAUGACAUGUCGCAGCAGUAUGCCGAGAUGAGAAUGUCAUUGAGACAGCUCGAGGUAGAGCUCGGCUCUAAAUGGCAGGGUGAAGGUGUUCAACUGGAAGAAGGUGAUCGAUUCUUGGCGGUGAUGAACGAACAUAGGGAAGCAGCAGCCAACCGUUUUGAGGAUCUCCAAACGCUUUACUUGAACAUGGAUGCCAAAUGGAAGUCUGUGAUGGUAUUCUAUGGAGAGAAUCCUGCUGUUAUGCGCCCAGAUGAUUUCUUUAGUACAUUCUCUGAAUUUGUAAAGAACUGGAAGGAGGCAUCAAUCCAAGAAGAGAAAUACACUCAAAGAAUGGAGCGUGAAGAGAAGAAGAAGCGAGAGGAUGAGGAACACAAAGCCCGCAUGGAAGCUAAGAAAGAGGCCAAGAGGCUGGCUGAGAACACGGACGGAAAGGUUGAUACUCCACAGAGAGUAGAGGGCGUUGAUAUCAGUGAAGAAGCAACAACCGGUACUGAAGACGAUCGCAAGAUGAUGGAUAACUUGCUUGCAAAGUUAAGAACUGGCGAAUCAGAAGUAAGAACCCGUCACGCACGUCGUGCUGGCCGCAGCCGAGAAGUUCAAGAUAACAGUGAUGUGAUGCCUGCUUUGAGACCCUCAACAUCAACACAACCCGGGGCUCUUUCCGCAGAGGCACUCCUUAGAAGUCUUCAGGCUGAUUAAGAAGUACCCGUCUAUCUAUAUUUCACACCACACACACACACUGUCUAUCUCUCUCUUCAUCAACAUUCUCAAAACUUAUAUUUCUAUAUCUUUAUACAACACCUGCACUCCUUUAUUUUAAUGUAUUUCCAAAAUCGCACAAAAUUUGUGAUUUGAAUAACUACUUUCUCAAAGUAAAUAUCCCAUCUUCUUAAUAUAAAUAACACAGUAUGAUUGUUUUUGGACGUCUUAUACCAACCUU